AUGAUGGAUCAGUCCUACUCAGAAAGUGAUGUUUCUUUGUCCCCGUCAAAAAUAUUAGAUCGCUUACAAUUGCUUAGACAGUUGCAAUUAUUACAACGUGGGAAACUACAGCACCAACGCAUACAAUAUCAAAACACCCCUGAAAUAACUUCAAGUAUUACAGAGAUUGUGAGUCAUUUUAGUGACAGUACAAGUUACAAUACAUUUAGAAGUUUAUUGCAGUCAGAAGAUACUUCAAAUGAUGUGUCCCCUCGAUUGAACACUAAUAACUUCUCUACUAAAGAAAAUAUACAUAAUAUUAUUGAUGGUAUUUCUGUGCUAAACAUUUCCGAAGAAUCUGAAUUUGUUGCUAAUUCACCCAUUUCAACCAGAAGCUUAGAUUCAAUUAAGGGAAAUAAUGAUAAGGACCAAUCAUCUAUGAAUACUAAAGAAAUUAAACAAACAAGAAAACAAAUAUCCAUAGAUGAUAUGCUUAUACUUUCUCCAAAAAAGGAUUUCGAAACAUUAAUUUCCGAAAAAUUAAAAAAUGACAAAAGGUCUGGUAAAGAGGUAGAAAUUGAGCUUGAAAAAAAUAAAAUUCUUAAAAGACCAUUUCUUAGAAGAGGUGAAGGCACUGCAAGAUUUGGUAUUCAGAAAUCUGAUUUUGUAAUACAAAACACAAAAUCUUUGCCAUGGAGAGCGAAAAAUGUUAAAUUUAAUUCAAAGACUAAAAUAAAUACAAUAAAUUCAAAAGAUAAAAUCAAUAAAUCAGAUAAUGUACCAAUUGAAAAAGGCCUAAAAGAAUCCAAAUUAAAUAAAACUAGUGAAUCAAAUCCAAAAGAAGAUGUUGAAUUUCAAACUGUAACUGAAGUUAAACAGCCUGAGAAGGAACUGAUUGAACAAAUGUCAAAUCAUUUAAACAACAAUUUUACUUUAAAUAAGAAAUGUAAAUUAGUUUCUGCCAACUCCCCAAAAGAUCAAUCAGUUAAAAAUUGUGAAGGUAAAACCUGGGCGGCUGUAUUAACAAAGGAACAAGAUGACUUCUUAAGGAAAUUAAAACAAAGUGAGUAUUAUAAAAAUUUUGCUUCCCCAGCAAAAAGUUGUGAGUCAGAUAUUAGUUGUAAUGAAGAUAUUUCUAGACUUAAACAGGAAAGAGAAAUAGCUGAGCAGAAAAUGUUUGAAUUGUUAGAAAAUAAAGUUUGUCAUGAAAGUUUUAGUAUGCAAAGUUCAUUUUUUAACCGUUUUUUAAGAAAUAAUAAUUUAGAAUGUUCAGGAGAGAGCACACCAUUAGUAAUGCAAAAAUAUAUAUCUAAAAAUCCUAAAUUACUGCAUAUACUUCCUGAUAUUGAUCAAAGACGAAGGAACAACUCAUAUAGUGAUACUGACACUUGUAACAGUGAAUACACAGAAUGUAGUGAAAAUUGUUCUACUUUAUCAAGUUGCUGCUCUUGUAAAACUGUCACACAAACUAAUUUAAAUGUCAGUUGCAUUGAAAAUGAUCAAAUUAACAAAAAAGGUUUAUCUGAAAAUGUACAAACAUGUGAGGCAAAAAACAAUUGCAAAGAAAAAGAGAAUAAUGACAAUGUGACUGUUGAAAAUGAAAUCAUGAAUGCUAAUAUGGUAGAGAUGAAUUCUAAGUUGAUUGCUACAAGUGAACUUUUAAGAGAUAGGCUUAAAGAAUUAGAAGAUGAAAUAGAAACAUUUAGAAAAGAAAACGCAAAUUUGACUAAGAUGCGUGAGGAAGUAGAUAUAGAACGUCAAAAGUUUUAUGAAGAGAAAAGUAUGUUUGAACAAAAGUUUAAUGAGGAAAAAGUAUUGUCUGAAUAUUAUUUGGCAGAAGAAAAGGAAAAAUUAAGCAAACAAAAGCAAAUAUAUGAAAGAUAUGUAAGAGAUAUGAGGGGACGCUUAAAUAAAAAGGACAAAGCUGAAGUUACUAAUUUGAAAAAAGAGAUUCAUGACCUAAAAGAGGAAAUUAAAAUAAAAGAUGCUAAAUCCACAUCAACAAUUGCACGUCUACGAAAUCAAAUGAAAAUAAUGGAAAAAGAUAAGAAGCAUCUGCAAGAGGAAAUUGAAAAAUUAAAGAAGGAAAAUAGGAGAAUACAACAUAGCAAUGAAAUGACAAGAAGAUUAACUAAUAUUAAAUAUCUAGAGCAAAUAAAUAAAAAGCUUUCUAAUAUGACCUCAAAAGAUUCUAAAUCUGAAGUAGAAUUAGAUUCUGACAUUAAAUAUAAAUCUUACGAAAUUGAAAGGCAAAGCAGAGCGAAAAAAGUUCAGCCUGUGAGGAAAGGUAUGAUGAAACCACGAGCUAAGAGUGUCCCAAAUUUACAUGUUACUUCUAGAUAUGCUAAGUAUUUUAGCCAAAAAGAUUCAGUUAGUGAAAGAGAAAAACAUAAUAUGUUAGAUAGUUAUUGUGCACACAUAUCGGCAAAUAAUGACAAUAUAUGUAAUGAUUCUGAAGGCUCUAGUACUAGUUCAGAAAGUGAAGAUGAAAAUAAAUUAGAGAUGAUAUAUAAUGAAAGGUUUAAAUAUUUAUCACCAACUUCUAGCAACAAGUCUAAUAGUUCAUAUUUUGAAAACGCACCUAAAGUUUCAAAUAGACCUUCAGUAACUAGCAAUGAGUUCUUCAUACAAAAAUCUACCAAUGAUAAUAAAAAAGAAUCUUCUGUAAAUGGAUUAUCUAAGUAUCAGCCAAUUGAUAUAAACCCAAUGACAUCAAAAUCACCAUGUUUUAAUAAUAGAUUGUCCAAUGGAUCUAAAUCAUCACUGAGCCUGACUAAUGAAGAUGAUUAUUUAACAAUAUAUAAUCACGAUUCCAAUUUUAGAACAAAAUCACCAGUAUCUAUCUUGAGUAACAGAUCAUCUUCUAGUCAAAAAUCAGGAACAGUCAUAAAUAAACACAAAGAUUAUGAUACACUCAAUCCUAGUCCAGAGCCAACAUCAAGUAAAACAAGUUUGGCAAAAACAAAAUUGAGUCCAACUGAAAUUACCAAACCAGAUGGGUCAAAAGAGCUUCGGUUCCCUAAUGGUAACAUUAAGCUUAUAUCAGCAAAUGGUAAAUACAGCAAAUUUAUAUACUACAAUGGUGAUGUAAAAGAAAAUUUUUAUAAUGAAGGCAGAAUAAAGUACUAUUAUGCAGAAACGAAAACAUAUCAUACCACACAUCCUGAUGGAUUGGAAGUUUUGGAGUUUCCAGAUGGUCAGGUUGAGAAACGAUAUAAGGAUGGUUCAUCAGAAAUUAGGCUACCCAAUGGAAGUAUACGAUACUAUGAUCCCAAGAAUGAGCACGUCCGUGAAGAGUGGCGAUUCCCUGACGGCGCCACGCUCACUGUGUCAGCUAAUGGCGAUCAGCGAAUCACCUUUGCCAACGGACAGGUUGAAGUACACGCUAAGGACCAUAAGCGCCGUGAAUUUCCGGAUGGCACGGUGAAAUUGGUAUACAAUGAUGGAACAUCAGAAACUCGAUAUGCAUCAGGUCGUAUCAGAAUUAAAGAUAAACAAGGAAAUCUCAUAAUGGAUUCUGCUUCUGGU